AUGGCGGAUACAGUGACAUCGCCACCGAAGCCCGUCCACACAAUCGUGCUGGACGCUGGUCCCAUCAUCAAGAAUACCCCGCCAUUGUCCACUUUGCUCGCUCAAUGCGACGAGAUUAUCACCACCCCCUCAGUGGUGAACGAAAUUCGCGACCCGGACGCCCGCGCUCGUGUCGAAACCCUCUACCUGCCUUUCCUGAAGCAGCGAACCCCGUCUCCGAACAGCUUCAAUGUUAUUAGCGAAUUUGCUCGCAAGACGGGCGACCGAUCCGUGCUGAGUCGAGUCGAUAUCGAAAUCCUGGCGCUCGCAUAUGAGAUUGAGUGUGAGCGCAAUGGUGGUGAUUGGCGUCUGCGCAGUGUUCCUGGCCAGAAGCGAGUCAACGGAAAGCCGCCUGUCAAGGAGGAGGAAAAGAAGGAAGAAACAGAGGCUACCCUGGAAGAGACCGUCGACAACACCACCACCGAGGCCGUUGUGACCGAGGCCACCGAGGAAUCCAAGGAGGAAGAGGCUACACCCACACAAGAGGUCGAACCUGUCGCAGAGAGCACUACGGUCGAGCCUGCGGCUGACGAGGAUACUCCCGAGGAGAGCAAGGACGAUGCUGAGGCCGAGGCCGAGGACGAAGAGGAUGCUGCUGAUUCGGAUGGAGAAUGGAUUACGCCCACCAACUACAAGAAGCGGCUGGCCCGCGAUGAAAGUGGGACGGGAGGAGCUGGAAACGAGCCCAAGACUAUGCAGGUCGCAACUAUGACCACCGAUUUUGCGUGCCAAAACGUUCUAUUGCAGAUGAACUUGAACCUUCUGUCAACGACCACUCUUCAAAGAGUCCAGCACCUUAAGUCAUUCAUUAAGCGCUGCCAUGCCUGCUUCCUUACCACCAAGGAAAUGAACAAGCAGUUCUGCCCUCGUUGCGGUAAAGACACGCUUACCCGUGUGUCGUGCACCACGACUGCCAACGGCCAGUUUACCAUGCAUCUGAAGAAGAACAUGCAAUGGAACAACCGAGGCAACCGUUUCAGCGUUCCCAAGCCCGUCGCUGGCAGUGCCAACGGCAAGUGGAAGGGCGGCGGUGGAAAGGGAGGAUGGGGCACUGAGCUCAUUCUCGCCGAGGAUCAGAAGGAGUUCACCCGAUCCACCACCGAGGAAGAGCGGCGCCAGCGCCGGGAACGGGACCUUAUGGACGAGGAUUAUCUUCCUGGCAUCUUGACUGGUGAGCGCAACAAGUCCGGAGGCCGCAUCAAGGUCGGCGCCGGUCGGAACAUCAACUCGAGAAAGCGCUAA